AUGGCUAAGUCAUCUAACUCUCAUAAAUCAAAUUUGUCUAUUGCAAUUCAAAGGGCAGAGGAACAUGAUGAUUUGCCUACACAUUUUUUACCAAAUUCUGCACAUCAGGGAUCUUCCUCUGUUGCGGAAGGGUCGCUUAGUACAAGUAUAACUAAAUCUAAGCCAGAACUUUCCCCGCUAAAAACUGAAUUCGAAACCGAAUUUAAAAAGGAGCACAAGGAUUUGUCGCUAAGCGGGAGGGUCAGUAACGAAAAUGACCUUGACAUUGAUGACGACGAAGAAGACGAUGAUGGUGAAUGCCCUCAACCAGAAAAUGAGGAAGACUUAAAAGAUUAUGCCCCUGGUGGCUAUCAUACGUGCUUCAUUGGUGAGACGUACAAAAAUGGUAAAUAUGUAUUAGUCAGAAAAUUAGGGUGGGGUCAUUUUUCAACUGUAUGGCUAGCCAAAGAUUGUGAUAAGCACUGUCAUGUUGCAAUGAAGAUUGUUAGGAGUGCAAAGCAUUAUACUGAAACCGCAAUUGAUGAAAUAAAAUUAUUAGAUAAAGUUACUACAACAGACCCACAUCAUCCCGGGCAUGAGCACGUAAUCCAAUUGCUAGACACAUUCACACAUAAGGGACCUAACGGUAUUCAUGUCGUUAUGGUUUUCGAGGUCUUGGGAGAAAAUUUAUUGGGUUUAAUUAGAAGAUACAAGCAUCGCGGAAUCCCAGUAGUAUUCGUCAAACAGAUCGCUAAACAAUUGUUAUCCUCUCUUGAUUUUUUGCAUAGAAAAUGUGGAGUAAUCCAUACUGACUUGAAACCUGAAAAUGUGUUAAUCGAAAUUGGUGAUGUGGAGCAAAUUGUGCGAAUGGUAGAAGAGGAGGAAGCUCAGGUGAGGAUGCAAAAAAAGUUAAGAAAACCUAAAUCAAAGACACCAGUUACCUCGAUUCAACAAACUCCACAGAAGCAAAAUAUGGCUACAGUCUCUAGGGACUCGACACCUUUAAGUGCAAUAAACAGCUCCCCAUCUUUAGGACGGAAUGGAAGAAGAUCACGUCGGCAAACUCUCAUCACAGGUUCCCAGCCUUUACCAUCGCCAUUGCGUACCUUUAGUAAAACUUUCUCCAACUUCCAGCUUUCAAGUACGACUGCUAAUACUCCUAAUAAGUCUGCUUUCGGCGAAAGCUCUACUGAAGGCUCCGGCCCACACUACCUAGCUUCUGAAACUUCAAAUUUAGACAAGAGUACUCUCGAUAGCUCCUUAUCUUCAAUGUCUAUUUCAAGCAAUUAUCAUAAUCACUCCGAACUUGAAAAUGUCUAUUCAAACAAUAGUGAUGAACAUGAAGGUAACAAUUCUCACGUAAUCGAUGAAAAUGAGUUAAUUUCAGUAAAGAUUGCAGAUUUGGGUAAUGCAUGUUGGACACAUCAUCAUUUUACUGAAGAAAUCCAGACCCGUCAGUACCGUUCACCAGAAGUGCUCUUAGGAUACCAUUGGGGUGCAUCGACGGAUUUGUGGUCAUUCGCAUGUCUAGUAUUUGAACUUCUUACAGGAGAUUAUCUUUUUGAUCCAAGAGAUGGCAAAAACUAUACUAAAGAUGAUGACCAUAUUGCACAGAUUAUUGAAUUAAUAGGACCAUUUCCUAGAGAAAUGCUAAAAGGAGGAUACUAUGCUAGAGACUUUUUCAACUCUAGGGGUGAUUUACAUAGAAUUCUGAAAUUGAAACCUUGGAGCUUGAAAGAUGUACUUGUCGAAAAGUAUAAGUUCUCCAUCACUGACGCAAUGGAAAUCUCUGACUUUUUAUUGCCCAUGUUGAGCAUUCAACCAGAAUCUAGAGCGGAUGCUGGAGGAAUGGUCAAUCAUCCCUGGCUCAGCGACGCUUUGGGACUCGAGAACGUUGUCCUCGAAAGACCUGUCGGGGGAUCUGGGGAAGAUAUUCCAGGCUGGUCACGAGAAUUACCUCGCGUGAAUCAAGGCAAUAAGUACUUGUAUCACCAUCACAAUCAUUAA